GCGAUUAUAUGAUCUACAACCUAACAGGUUAACGACAAUGACAGAUGAAUUUAAUCUUGUGUGGCACAAUGAAGAAUGUGAUGCUGAUUAUCCUGGUCAACGAUUUCAGCUUCUUCAGGACGAGGUAGUCUGCGACUUCAAGAGCCAAUACCAAGCCAUCAAAGUGUUCAGACACAAAAAGUUUGGUACAGUAUUGUCAUUGGAUGGAUGUGUUCAAGCUACUACUUACGAUGAAUUCCUCUAUCAAGAGAUGCUGACCUAUCUUCCUCUUUGUUCAGUCUUAGAACCUGAGAAAGUUCUUGUCAUUGGAGGUGGAGAUGGUGGUAUUGUCAGAGAACUGCUAAAAGAUUCCAGAGUUAGAGAAAUCAUACUGGUGGACAUUGAUGAACAGGUCAUGAAAGUAUGCAAAGAACACAUUCCUUCCAUGGGAAGGUUUCUGGAAGAUGAGAGGGUUUCUGUGAUAGUAGGUGAUGCUAAAGAGUAUAUUAAAACAUGUGAUGUUAUGUUUGAUGUUGUUAUCAUUGAUGUUACAGAUUAUGCAAUUUGUUCAGAUGAAGAGAAUCAACUUUUAGGGAAAGCUUUUUACACUCAGCUGAAGGAGAUAAUUAAGGAUGGAGGAGUAGUCUCAUACCAGGCAUUUUGCCCGUAUCAAAAUAAUGAUUCUUUAAAAGUCGAGAUUGAGAAUAUGAAAGCAGCCACUAAAAUGAUAUGUUAUGGCAUGGUGCCUGUACCAAGUUUUCCAAAUGGGAAUAUUGGCAUUCUCUUUGGGCGCAUGACGAAAGAAUCUGGGAAGAAUUAUGAGCAACUUGAUGUCCCAGUUUAUAAGAUUUCAGCAGCAAAAGCAAAGGAGAUGGGACUCAGAUGUUACUAUGAGGAGUAUCACAUGAGCUGCUGUACUCUUCCUCUUGAAUUUAGCUCUUGGCUUGAGGAGUCAAUAGGAUUGUAAGACCAGAAG